CUCAGAAACAGAGGCUGGGAACAUCGGGCGCUCCAUAAAUACCAGAAAAACAGGAACGGACAAGGUUAGCGAAAUCUCUGCCACUGAAAGAAUACAGGGAAGGUUUUAAAGGACGCAAAAGCAUAAGACGCUUCCUUCGGAGCACAGCUGCAGUUAGUUCAUCACCAGUGUAUUUUUCAAGGGAAGAAGGAGAGACAGAAAGACCGAGGAAGCAGAAACACUCUUUGCGUGCAUUUUCGCUGCGUGCAAAACAGACCGGAGUGAGAAUGGAGCUGUCAUCUUUAGGGGACCAAGUGUUCGCCGUUGAAUCGAUCACCAAAAAACGAAUUAGAAAGGGAAAUGUGGAAUAUUUGCUUAAAUGGCAGGGAUGGCCCCAGAAGUAUAGUACUUGGGAACCUGAGGAUCAUAUACUGGAUCCUCGUCUUGUUCUGGCUUAUGAGGAAAAGGAGGAGAAGGACAGAGCGCUGGCCCACCGAAGGAAGGGCCUCAGACCGCGGAGAGUCCUGUUACGGAAUAUCUACACAAUGGAGCUACGGAGCGCCCACAAAAUUGCCGAAAAACCCACCCCUCGCCUGCGCCUGUCACUCACGCGCUCUGUCGGGGCGGAGUUAGACCAGUGCAGGCGCCGUUCCAGGUCCAAAGAGGGCGGGGCCUGUCGACGCCAAGAGAGGCGCAAGAGUAAGCAGCAAACGUCCAAAGCGCUACAUGACAGCUCUCUCCAUAGGCACAUCCCACAACCUGCUUAUGAGGUAGCGGAGGAGAACUGGGCAGGAGAGAGGGAGGUGGGGAGAGAGGAGGAGAGUAGGAAGACAUUAGAAGACGAAGGGAAGAUGAUGGAGACACUGCAGGACCUUCUGAGCGAGAUGUCAGAGGGUUACACUUCUUCAGCAGAACAGGAAGUAGAAAUCCUACCCGACCAACCAGCGAACAGUACUCCCUCCCAGAGCCACAGAGAGGAGCCAACACAAGACCACAGCUGGGGAACAGGCUCAGAGGCAGUUACUGACAGGUUCGAGGGCGUGGUUUCCACGACGGACAAGUCUGUGGGCAGGGCUUCCAAACAGGGAGCACAUGAUGUCGCUAUGACUGACAACACUACAGAGUCAGCAGCUGGGGCGGAGCCUGUGAUUGGCCAAUCAGUGAAGGACAGGGUACAGAACAGAGUUUCAGUCAUAGAGGCGGGGCCUUUGACUACCAAUCAUUUGGGUAGCUCCAUGUCCUGCUGUGGGCCAGUGGGGGGCGCCAGCGCGGUGGCAGGAGGCGACGUCACACAGAUGUGCACAGGUGUGUCACAGAGGGGUCAGGAGGUGCCAAAAGAACGUAGCUGCGACGCAGUGCAUUCUGGGAAAGUGAUCGUGACGAAUGUGACAGUGAAGUCUGUAACGGUGACGUUUAGAGAGGCCAUGACAGCAGAGGGCUUUUUCAACAGCCCAGAGCUCAAGGUCUGAGAGACAGAGAAAGAGAGAGAGAGAGAGAGAGCAAG